AUGCUGCCCUCUGCUCUCAGGCUGGAUGACUUUGACUCUGCCGUGCAGCUCAUAGUGCAAGCGGCAGCCAGGGAGCCAUUGAUACAGUCAGAUGUGGAGGCGGUGGUGGCGCUCGUCAGCACACUCACACAGCUGUCCAUCCGCGACUGGCGGCGGCGCAAUGUUCGCGUCGGCGUCGGCCACUCCGAGUCGCAACCAUGCGCACAACCUCUUAAUCUCCUUUUGCACUUCCUGAUCCUACAGGGGGGCGGCGCAGCAGGUUCGGCAGAUCCUCUUGGAUCGGUGCUCUCGAAGCUGCUCUCCGCGGCGCAGAUGGCGGCGAUCGCCGUGAUCUUUGCGGGAGACUCGCUGCUGCCCGUCGUCGGCCUUCCGCCGCCCUUCCCCCCGUGGUACGAGCAGAUCCGAACCAACCGGCUAGGCUCGGCAGCGACCGUGUGGAUCGUGGGCAAUGUGAUUCACGGGAAUCUCGCCAGCACGGGCGCUUUCGAGCUCGUCCUGGAUGGCCGCACGCUGUUUUCCAAGCUGGCAGAGGGCCGCAUGCCUCAACUCAAAUCCACCUUUUCCGGGUUUCCUCUUCCUCUCGCUCCAUCCUCUGUCAAUAGAUCGGUUCCAGCAUCUCCUCUCCGACGGAACCGCGAUUUUUCCUCCUUCCGUGUCGUCGCAUCGUCCAAUCGUCACGAGAUGGCCAGUGUAAACGCAGCUGAUGCCGCUGGUUCCGGCGAUUCUUCCUCCUCCGGGCUCGUGGUGUGCUUCGGCGAAAUGCUCAUCGAUUUCGUUCCCACCGUCAACGGCGUCUCUCUCGCCGAAGCGCCUGCGUUCAUGAAAGCUCCUGGCGGCGCGCCUGCCAACGUGGCGGUCGGCAUUGCACGGCUCGGCGGACGCGCGGCGUUCAUGGGGAAGGUCGGAGAGGACGAAUUCGGACACAUGCUGGGCGGGAUUCUUAAAACAAACGGCGUUGACACGUCAGCGCUAAGAUUCGACGCGGGAGCGCGCACAGCCCUCGCUUUUGUCACACUCAGAUCCGACGGCGAGAGGGAAUUCAUGUUCUACAGGAACCCUAGCGCGGACAUGCUGCUGCAGCCGGAGGAGCUGGAUCUCCCCCUCGCUACAAGCGCAUCUGUGCUACACUACGGAUCCAUCAGUUUAAUCACAGAUCCGUGCAAAUCCGCGCAUCUAGCUUUGUUAGAUGCAGUGGAAAGCAGCGGCAACACUGUUCUCUCGUACGACCCUAAUCUCCGUAUUCCACUCUGGCCGUCUCCGGAAGCGGCGCGGGACGGCAUCUUGAGCAUCUGGGACCGCGCGCACAUCAUCAAAGUGAGCGACGAGGAGGUGGCGUUUCUGACCAAUGGCGGCGACCCGUACAGCGAUGACGUGGCACGGUCCCUGUUCAAUCUCAGCCACAAAAACAGCAGCAGCGGCAAUGGUGACGGGAAAGGGAAGCUCAAGCUCUUGCUGGUAACUGAGGGCGAGAAGGGAUGCAGGUAUUACACAGAGCAGUACCAGGGGAGAGUGGAUGGAUUCAGUGUUUCUGCUAUCGACACCACUGGUGCUGGCGACGCCUUUGUUGCUGGGUUUCUCCGCAAGCUAGCAGGAGGAGGCAGCAGCGGUCGCAGUGGAUUUGAGGCCUUGGAUAUGUUGCUAGCAGAUGAGGCAAAGCUGAAGGAAGCGCUGCUGUUUGCGAAUGCUUGUGGAGCCAUCACCACCACAAUUAGAGGCGCCAUUCCUGCGCUCCCUGACGAAACUAGGGUGGCUCAGAUGCUGGGUUGA